CCCUCCCCCCCCCCCCUUUGUUGUCUCUUAUCGCCCGCUGUAGCCAUGGCCCCCCCGCGGUCUGUCCAGACGAGGGCGAAGGCCCGGUCCGGUGCCGGGUCGGCAUCCGGCACCCGGCGCCGGGCGCGUGAUGCGGCGCCGGCCGAUGGCGGCGCCAGCGAGGAGGGCGAGCGCACGCGCAAGCGCGCCUCGCCGCCCGUGUCGCCGGGGCCCGGGCCGCAGGCGGUCCCCGGGACGCGCCUGGGCGCCGGGCCGGGCCCGCUGCGGGCGCCGCUGGCGCCGGCCGACCCGGCCAGCCGCGCCGCCGUGCUGGGCUACUUCGCCCGGGCGGCGGAGCUGCUGGCCGAGCCGGGGGCCUCGGCCUCCGGGGAUGACCCGCGGCUGGAGGCCGACUUCGACUUCGGGCAGAUUGACGCCGGGACGCCGGCGGCGCGCUUCCAGCUGGCCAUCGCGGCCGGGGUCGAGCGCACCGACCUGCUUGGGCGCUUGCUGAGCCUGCCGUGCGGAGCGCCGCGGGACCCGGGCACGGCCGGGCUCUUUUGGCCGGGUGCCGGCGGCGGCUCAGCAUUGGCGGCGGCGGCGGCGGCGGCGGCGGCGGCGGCCGCUGCCCCGGGCCCGGACGCCGACUUCCGGGCCGACUACCUCCGGCGCUUGGGGCUGGCCCGGGUCCUUGGCGCCGGGCUGGCAGCCAGCACGAGCGGGGCCUCGGGCGUCGGGGCCGCCGGGCCGGCUCUGGUCCUGUUGCUGAGCGACCAGAUGGCGGUGGCCGGCGCGCCGGGCCUGGCCGGCUGGAUGGCGGACCUGCUGGAGGCCGUGGUGACGGGGUGGGGCUGGCGCGCGCGGGCCGAGCAGCUGGCCCAGGCGGCCCGCGACCGGGGCUUCGCCGGGGCCGCGAAGUAUGCCGCCGGUGCGGACCCCGGGGCGGUGCUGCCGUCGGGCUGCCCGGCCGAGCCUGCGGCCGGUGGCAAGGGCGCCGCGGCCGCCCCGGCGGCGGCCCUGCUGGCCGAGGCGCUGGCCGACCCGCUGUUCCUGCGCGAGGACGGCACCCCGCCGGUGGCCUCGUCGCGGGGGUUGCCGCAGCAGCACCGGCCGUCGCCGCCGCCGCUGGCCGGGCUGCUGCUGCCUGGUGGCGGUGCGCCGGCCGAGGCCAUGGCCGGGCGGUUUUGGCACCGCCUGGCCGGCCAGGGCCGGGCCGCGGCCCGGGUGGCGGCCAUUGUGCGCCCACUGGCGGUCGGGUCCUUCGACGCGCUGCUGCUGGAGUGCGCUCUCGGCGAGCUGCUGGCCACGCAGGCCGCUUUGCAGUCGCUGCAGCCGCACCUGCGGGGCAAUGCCCUCUUCUAUGCCGGGCUCGGGGCGAGCCUGGCGCGGAGCUUCCGCCUGGCCACAUACGCCGUGGCGCGGCGUCUGCUGCUGCUGGCGGCCGACGAUUCGGCCGCCGAGCCCGGCGACUCGACCGACGACCUGUUGCGCACGGCCUCCCGGAGCUCGGUGGCGCUGGAUGCGUUGGCGGCGCGCGGGGCGGCCGGCCAGCGCCGGCGGGACCUGGCCCAGGGCCUCCUGCGCCAGUGUGCCACCCUGCUGCACAGCGUCACCCAGCAGAUGAUCAUGGGCGGCGGCGGCGGGGCCCGGCGCUGGGCCGCGGCCACGCUGGCCAACGAAUACUCGCGCGUGCUGUUCCUGUUGUUGCGCCAUCGCGAAAUGGAGGCCAUCUAUCGCGCGGUGCAGGCGGCCAUCUACCCGCCGGCGUCGCUGGCCUCGCGGUUUUACUCCUUCCACGGGGACCUCGGGUCGCCGAACAUCGUGAGCAUCUUCCUGCGUGCCCUGCGGUCGAUCGAGGCGUCGCGCAUUGAGGCGGCCUUCGAGGACUUCUCGCUGCUGUGGCGCUCGCCACGCGUCAACGCCAGCGCCACCAAUCGCCGUCUAAUCCUCAUGUACCUGGUGCCCUGCUCGCUGAUCCUCAACCGGCCGGUGGGCCUGGCCGGGCUGCGGGUGUACCUGGGCGGCCCUUCGGCGGGCUCGCGCUGGGGCCGGCCAUAUGCCGUGGAGCAGGCGCUGUAUGGGCCGGCCACGACGGCCUGGCUGGCUGGGAGUUACCAGCGCCCGGGGGCCGGCAAGGGCCCGGUGGUGCUGGGGCACCUGCCGGCGCCGUGCUACGCCCUGCUGUAUGCGGUGGUGGCCGGGCAUCUGGGGCUCUUCGAUGCGGUGCUCGGGUCCUGCAGCAGCUGGCUGGCCCGGUGGCGGCUGCUCUUGCUGUGGGAGCGCGCGCGCAUCUGCACCUGGGCCAGCCUCGUCCGGCGCAGUGCGGCGGCGAUCGGCUCGUCGCGCGUGCCGCUUACCACGCUGGCAGCCUGCCGCGAGGUGGUGCGCACGCUGCCGGCGGCCCUGCCAUACACGUCGCACCGGGCCCCCGGGCCGGCGCCCUCGCUGGCCGAGCUGCUGACCCCCUUCGCCGAUCCGUCGGGCCCCUCGCGCCGGCAUCUGGACGCCAUCGCGCGUCUCGACCCCCAGGCGAAGGGCGCCCGGCCGGCGGCCGAGGACAAGGGCGCGGAGGCCGAUCUCGUCCACAUCGAGACCAUGCUCAGCUCGCUGAUCGACCAGGGCUUCAUGAAGGGCUACGUGUCGCACGAGCAUGGGAUGCUGGUUCUGAGCAACAGCCAACCCUUCCCCGUGGGCAGUUCGUAGGCCGUUAUGCCCCGGCCCCCCGCGUGCCGGUGGCGCUCCCGUCCGCUGGAGCCAUGUUUGUGCGCCAAUCCGGUGGCACCCACGGAAACAAUACACUCUCUCGCCCGC